AUGACCUCCAAUCAGUCAAACUCCUCUGCAAAUGUCACCUUUGUUCGACCUGCAACAUUUUUCAUUAGUGACUUUUCUAAUAUUCCACAUGCAAAAUACUACUAUGUGUUUUUGUCUUUGGUGUAUGCUGUGACUGUUUUAGGGAAUUCAUUUAUCAUGUGUAUUAUUUAUUCGGCCCGGAGACUUCACACAGCCAAAUACAUUGCUGUUUUCCAUCUGGCCCUUUCUGAUCUGUGUGGAAGCUCGGCUUUGAUUCCAAAACUCAUAGACAUGUUUUUAUUUGACCACCAGGAGAUUUCAUAUGAAUCGUGCUUAACAAAUAUGUUUUUUGUGUAUCAUUUCAUGAAUCUGCAAUCUUUGACACUACUUGCUUUGGCUUAUGACAGACUGGUUGCUAUUUGUUUUCCUCUACAGUAUUAUGCCAUUGUAACCAAAACAGCCAUGUUUCUGAUCAUAGGGGUUAUGUGGAUAGUGUCUGUAACAAUUUUUUCUGUACUUGUAGGUUUAGUGAAUACAAUCUCCUUUUGUCGGUCUAAUGUACUAAAUAGUUAUUUUUGUGACUAUGCCCCAAUCUGCAGACUAGCUUGUAAUGAUAUUACGAUAAAUAUUUUGAUGGGUAAAAUUUCCUAUGGUCUCCUGAUUUGCACACCGCUGAUACUGAUCGUCAUUUCAUAUUUAUGCAUUUCUCUGGCUUUGCUUAAGAUUUCUCAUGGUUCUGAACGGAUCAAAGCCAUAAAAACAUGCACUUCACAUCUCAUAUUGGUGGCAAUGUUUUAUCUCCCUGUUAUGAGCAAUAAUAUUGCAGCUGUAACAACACCUUUGCAUCCAAAUGUUCAAAUAAUUAACAAUUCCCUGACACAGGCGAUACCAUCUAUGCUGAAUCCCAUCAUAUACACUCUAAAGACAGAGGAGGUCAUGCAAUCCAUAAAAGAACUGUACAAACGAAGCAAGGUGAACACUACUAGAAAAAGAGAAAUGAAAUGCAGUAGGAUAAAUUAA